CAGUGCUUAGUGUAGUUUGGUAAUAUUGUGAUUUACAUAUGAUAUUUAAACUAAACAAAUUAAUGAAAGCGAAGUGCCGCGAGUUAAGUUGUGAAAGCACAAAUUAUAAAAAUACCUCCAAAUGCGGGUUUUCUACAUUUUUAAGCGGAAGACUCCACACCAAGAAUGUGUGUGCAGUUCAAAAGCAAAAACAAAAUACGUUGCUGUUAUUGUUUUUCUUCUACCGCUGCUAUCUGUUAUGUGCCUUGAUACAAAGCGCUUUCGUAAUUCGGGGAAUCCACCGACGCUGCUGCAUUAAACCGUAAUGCAUAAAGAAGUGUAAAUAAAAACAGCAAACGCAGUAGUUGUCAUUGCUAAAACGAACUUUGAAGUGAAUAAACGGUUUUUUUACGUAAUUGUACGCUUUGUAUGUGCUACUAUUUUUAUUAUUGUUUCGGAUUUAAGAUUUGAGAAAGCAUCAAGUGAUAAUUUUACAAUGAGUGGACAAAAGGGACAAAGUGUGACAAAUAAUGAAAAAAAUUUAAAACCUCAUAAAGCUGAAGAAUGGGAAAUCGAAUUGAUCGGCAAGUUUCUGUUUGAAGAGUUCCAGAAUUUGGUCUUUGGUUGGCGCACCGACUGGUUGGUGCGUAAACAUAUUUUACGAGCGAAGUUUACAAAAUAUCUCCAAACUGAAGGAAAUGAAACUCGUCGCCGAUUUUUGGAGACAAACGGUACAUGCGAUAUCGGCACUUUACUCUUUCGCACAAAUUACCUGAUCAAUACAAAACGCGGUAGUGACCAUUUUCGGAUCAGGAAUUUAUCUUUAUUUAUGUAUAUGAAUAAGAAAAUGGAGGAACUUGACGAAAGGCAAAAGAAUGGUGAAACGACGACUGGGUGUAUGGCACGGGACGACGAUGACAAAACCAUGAUGCAUGGCGAUCCGGCGCUGAUGGCAUUACUGCAAGUGGACGAAAAUGCGCCAAUGCAUGAGGUGCUCUACGAGGGUAGUAUGCAGCAGAAGCAUACAUCCCCAUUUCAGCUCAGCAGCAUGGGUUGCUAUGUUUGCCGACUAAAUUUCAGCUCGCCGGCAAGCUUUGAAGAUCAUGUGGAAGAACAUGGCGACGAGUCGGAUUUUAAGAUACUUAAGGAUUACUCCAAAAGCGCUUCGCCAAUAUUCAAACUCUCCUACAAUCUUUGCAUCAAUUCCCAUUAUUUUCGCUUCAAUUUGGAAUCAACACGUCCGAAUAUUGUCAUAGAUAAGCUAGUGAUUGUACAGUCGCGUUCCUUCUACUAUGUACACAACACACGUGUGCCAUAUGAGUUGGGCGCGGACGGCAAAGAUAAUUUUUUCGUGGAUAGUCAUCUUUUUCGCAAAAGUGUUGUACAGCCGAUUGUUGUGGUGUUCCAUGACAAGUCCAGCAAGGAGAUGCGUUAUGUAGAGCAGCACCAUUUUUGUCGCGUUGAGGAGUUUCCAGUGGUUAAACUAAGCAUCAAUCCUUGUCGUUUAUCAAAUAGCAUUAAAUUUAAACCGAAAUUUAACCUUCCUACGUAUAUGCCGCCAAUGGAAAUUCGCCAUGCUCUACAAUCGAAAAUCGUUGAAUCGUCGCUUGCAGAACUUUCGAAUGAAUUUAAAGAUUAUUUGGAUAACAACAGAACAAUGACCCAAUCAAAUAUGCGUGAGGCGAUGUUAAAACUGUUACAAAUCGAGGAUUCGGAUACAAUUCAGGAGUAUUCGAGUCUGGUGCAGCAUAACGUUAAAUUGCGAAAAUAUGGAGGCGAAUAUAUUGUUAAGCUAAAAAUAGCGAAAAAUACACGUUACGAGAAUGUAAUUUUUCCCUAUGAUGAUGUCAUUGUUUUGCCGCCUGACGAGGUACCACAAACAUUGGGUGAUAUAAUGAACAAAAUGGAACAGUUUGUAUAUGAGCCUGGGGUUAAGAAAUCGUCAAACAAGAAGAAUAAACCCUUCCUCGGCCGAAUUGAAAGUAUUUCAUAUGGGCGAGUAGCAUUUAAAUGCGCCAGAGACAUACCGAUUGACAAAACUUACACGAUACUCUUCCGGCCAGCACGUAUGGUUAUUCGAUACCAAUAUCGCGCUUUAGAACAGUUGGUAGCCAUUCCACCGUUGGUUUUGAAAAAAUUCCUCUUCCCCGAGAAAGUCAUGGUGCAGGAAUUACCAGCUUUAAGUUUGGAGCUGUUUAAUAAAGCCAUCAAUACUAAUCCGGAACAGUUGCAGGCCAUACAGUAUGUGGUGAAUAACAGCGUAGAGAAAUCAGCACCAUACAUUAUAUUCGGACCGCCAGGCACCGGGAAGACAACAACGUUGGUGGAAGCCAUUUUGCAAAUUUAUAUGCUCCAACCACAGUCGCACAUACUCGUUACAGCCGGUUCGAAUGGUGCGUGUGAUGAGAUCGCGCUACGUCUCUGCAAUGUGCUGACACGAAUGGAUGAGACACAAGCUAUAAUACGCAUCUAUUCGCGCUCGUAUGAGCAUCGUUCGGAUAACAUAAAUGAAUUGCUAUUGGAGUAUUCGAAUUUAUAUGCAGAACAUUUUUUGCCAGAUGUGCAAGUGUUGCACAAUUAUCGCAUUGUUGUGUGUACAUUGAGCCUUGUCGGACGCUUGUCAACGGGCAAAUUUGGCAAGCAAAUAGACGGUAGCGGUGUAUUUACACAUAUUUUUAUUGAUGAGGUAGCCGCUUCAACAGAAGCGGAAGCUUUGGUGGUGCUUAUGCCAACGAUCAGCCCAACAGCCACUUUGGUAAUAUCUGGCGAUCAUCGACAGUUGGGUCCAAUAUUGAAUUCAACACAUGCGGCGGCAAUGGGUUUAGAAGUGUCGCUGAUGGAACGCCUACUGAAACGUGAUUGCUACCGUGUCGAUGAGCAGGGCAACUACAAUCCGGCAGUACAGACACGAUUGCGCCGGAAUUACAGGUCACAUCACGAAAUUGUGAAUUUGUAUAAUAAGAUGUACUAUGAUGGCCAGUUGAAGGCAGAAGCUGAUCCAGCCGUUGAGCAACUAUGUCGCGACUGGAGUCGAUCACCCAAUCCCGAUUAUCCCAUCAUUUUUCAUUCUAUCUUUGGUCAUGAACAGCGUGAUAAUAAUUCGACGAGUCGAUAUAAUCCGCUAGAGAUUAGCGUCGUGAUGGAUUAUGUACGCGAUCUACUAUAUUUCGGUAUUAAGGGCAAAAAACUGAAGCAGGAGGACAUUGGCAUUAUUUCGCCAUAUAAGAAACAAUAUAUGCGCAUUCAGGAGGAAUUGAAUCUACGUAAUUGGUAUGAGAUCGAAACGGGUGCUGUCGAAUCUUUCCAAGGAAAAGAAAAAACCAUAAUAAUUGUCUCCUUUGUACGUUCGUUCAGCAAGACAUUGGGAUUUUUGGACAGUCCAAAACGUUUAAAUGUGACCCUAUCGCGCGCCCGUUCGUUACUGAUACUCAUCGGCAAUCCGAAAACUUUGAGCAUAAACGACGAUUUCAAGCAUAUCAUUGAACAAUGUCAAUUGCACAAAACAUUGGUGGGUGCCACCUAUCAUGAAAGUGAUAUCAGCGGUUCGAAUACGUCGCAGAAUGGUAAAACUAACGAUGAAGCAACGCAGAAACUUGCGAAAUCUAUGGAGAAGUUAAAUGUUAGUAAAGAGAAUUUAGCUGAGGACAACAAAAACGGUGCAAAACCGAAGAUCAUAAGUGUAAACGAAUGGAUAAAGACCCAGGGGAAUGCAGUUGGCGGGCAAGCGAAUGAAAGUGCAUCGGCCGCGGAUGAUGCGCUCAAAAGCAAGAACAGCAGCACAUUCAAAACCGUUAAGACAGCGUCCACAAACAAACAACGCCAAACAUUUGCGCUCUACAAGGGUGUCCACUUAAACUAUCUGCAUCUUAACGAGGGUGCCAACAGCAGUACUACUAACAAUAUCAAUACUGAACUUGAUGACCUUUUAAAAGAGUUGCCACGUGUACCAAAACACCAGCAUCAGCAACAUAAUGAACACAAUUUUGAAAUACCUCCUAGACCAAGUACUUUUGACGAAGAUUUAGAAGAAAUUAGAGAUCGUUUGAAUCAGCUACAUAAGAAAUCGCUACCACUAAGGCAAACAUGUGAGCCAGCUACUGAAAGCCAUACGUCUACAGCAGCCAACAAAAAAGUUCAAUGGCGUAGUACGUCUACAGCGGCCAACAACAACGAUCAGUGGCGUAGUACGUCUAUAGCAGCCAACAAUAACGCUCAGGGAGGUAGAACAUCCACAGCAGCCAACAACAACGAUCAGCGGCGUAGUACGUCUACAGCAGCCAACAACAACAUUCAGUUGCGUAGUACGUCCAUAGCAGCCAACAACAACGUCCAGUUGCGUAGUACGUCUACAGCAGCCAACAAUAACGAUCAGUGGCGUAAUACGUCUAUAGCAGCCAACAAUAACGCUCAGGGAGGUAGAACAUCCACAGCAGCCAACAACAACGAUCAGCGGCGUAGUACGUCUACAGCAGCCAACAACAACAUUCAGUUGCGUAGUACGUCCAUAGCAGCCAACAACAACGUCCAGUUGCGUAGUACGUCUACAGCAGCCAACAAUAACGAUCAGUGGCGUAGUACGUCGACAGCAGCCAACAAUAACGAUCAGUGGCGUAAUACGUCGACAGCAGCCAACAACAACGUCCAGUUGCGUAGUACGUCCACAUCAGCCAACAACAACGUUCAGUGGCAGAAUACGUCCACAUAUGUUUCUAUAAAGACUCCGAUAAGUGCAAAUAGAUAUACCACGACUUCAGAAUACACUAAGUCACCAUCAACAACUAUAAGUGGAACUGCCCCGCCUUAUGUUCAGUCGACUUGGAAGCCAACAGGCAACGGCAGAGUAUUUGUUGGCCACGAAGAAUACCCGACGUCUUCCAGACAUGUGCGUGUUCACACACAGCCAACGCAAAAGCCUAAGUCUUCGAAGAAAAGUUGCAUUAUCGCUUAACCGUGGAAGUUGUGCAAACUCGCAAAGUUAUAUUUAUAUUUUUUUCUUUAUUUUUAUGCAAAGUUUAUGGGCGAAUAUCGGAUAGCGACUUCUAUGGGCGCCGCUUCUGUGUCGCCUUGAGCUUUGCUCGUAGUCUUGUUGUAUCGGUGAUUCCAAAUGCUGUGAGAGCGUGAAGAAAGGUUAGGCAGAAAUGACCGUGGAUAUAUUAAGUGAAUUGCAUCGGUUUGUCUACUUUAUAAUGCGACGAACUUGCUUUCUUUGUAUCACCCACCGCUAGACAACUUUUCUUAAAUUUUUAUAUUUUCUUGCCUUUCUGGCACGCUCUUGGAGUAGAAUCGCUUAUACAAAAAAAAAAAAACCAUUAGAGCGUGAAAUUUUACGCCAAACAGCUUGUGAACAGUAAUAUUUCCAAGUUAGUAAAUUUUACGUAUGUGUGUGUGUGUGUGGAGCGAAGUCUUCAAAAACAAAAAAACAAACAUUUUGAAUAUUUUGUUGGCUCGCGUAAAGUAGUAUUACUAUGAAACUGCUUAGAAAGCAGCUUCGAUUUUAUUGCAAAAUAUUGUGCCAGUUCAGUUGUUUUAAAAUGAGAUGCCAAUUAGGAGCGCGAAUAUACACAUAGAUAAUCCACUCGAUUCGAUAUUUCAAUAUGACAAUUUAACACUCUUAACUUGAAAUGUUCUAUGAGUAAAUACCGUUAUUUUACUUCUAUCGUUUCGAUAUGUGUUGUAAUAUUUUGAUCAGUCGAGUUGUAUUGCAAACGUGAAAACUCUUUGGUGCCUAAGCAUCGAAUAUUGGCAACUAGUGGCGUAAGCAAAGGCACCUCGCUCAUGCGUAAUCAAGUGCGAGUGAUCACACCGUUAAUGGAGGAGUUCACUAUGUUCUAAAAUAACUGCAACAUAAUUUCGUUUGCGAGAAAUGCAGGUUAGGUUGAGGUGGCUGUUGCGCCACAUGGAGUGUAAAGAGUCACAAUUGGGCCGGUCGGUUGGCUUAUUGUGCGACGACUUUCAGGCGAAAAAAUGCUGACCGUUGAGGUGUUGAAUUUGAGCAUUUGCCGGUGAAGCAGAUUAUUUUCACAGGCUUUGUGGUUUAUAGUGCUUGGUUAAUUUGGUUAUAAAGCCAAAUAAUUCAGACGUUUUAAAUUAUAAAACUUGACAUUCAGGGUGUAACUGUUUUAAAAGGCUAUCUUUUGGCAGACAUUUUUUUUUUCAAGUAAAUUAUUUUCUAAUUGUUUUGAUUUUUCGCCUAAUAAAACAUUUCUGUAAAGCUACAAAGUCUCUGCCGAUAAAAUUUUUGAAGGAAUUUGGGUUUUUUUUAUAUUAUAAAACUGAGAUGGAAAAUUAAUAUCUUUUAAAGAUCAGUAAACAGAUCUUAACGAUUUAUUACCUUCAGGUGAAUUCAUUUGAAUCAAAAGUCGUUUCAAAAGCAAAUAAAUUUUCUGGCGAUUUUUCGCUAUACAACAACGUUUUUGAAGGAAUUUGAGGGUUUUUUCUAUUUUAUAAAACUGAGAUGAAAAACUAAUUUCUUUUAAAGAUUUUAUUUUUUAGUAAAACAGAUCUUAAAGUUUUAUUACCUUCAGGUGAUUUCAUUUGAAUCAAAAGUUGUUUGAAAAACAAAUAAAUUUGCAAAUAAACAAAGAGUUUGCGGACAUAUUGCGUUUUCUAAAACAAUCGCCUGUGCCAUGGUUAGAUUAGAUUAGAUUAGAUUUGUGGGGUGGUUGGACAAGUCCAAGCACUCAGUCAGGAGACCAUUGUACUUCACCCGGACAGAUUUCAAUAGAAAUAAUAGAGAUAGGAAAGAUAAAAUGUGGGUGGGAAGACGGAAAAAUUAGUUUGAGGUAACUCUUCCACAAAUUUCUUGGAUUCAUUGAGGAAUCUUCAGAGAUCCGGAAGAGGAGAGUAUGAACUGUAUCCAUACUCAGUACAUCUCAACCCAAUAUCCAAAGUCUGAUUCUGGACAGGUACAGAGAAAAUGCUCUGCAGUGUCGUCAUCCUCAAGACAGGAUGGGCAUAUCGGGCUGUCGACGACCCCCUUGACAGUCAUAUGCUGACUACAGACGUUGUGCCCUGUGAUUACACCCACCAGUACUCCCAGGUCCUUUCUGCUGAGUUUUAAAAGAAAGGCCGCUAUUUUCCUAUUCCUGGUUCUGUCACAAAGCACUUGGCUACUCUGUACGAGUUCAACCCAGACCAAAGUCCUCUAUGGUUAAGCCUUAUGAAGUCGUCAACCCAUAGUUGAAUCGAUGCAGAAUUGACACGUAGAAAGGGCUCAGCGCCUAGUGGCAUACUUGCAGAGCCUUUGAUAUUCAAAGAAAAAUGCUAUUUUUUAAUAUAAAUGAUCGGAUGUUUAUUUCAUUAUAUAGAAGGUAUGUCGUUAAUAGUGGAAAAUAACAUCAGGCAAAUGACCACCACGACCACGCUUACAGGACAAUAUACUUUUCAUGAAAUUUUCCAUAACCGAAUUCCAAAGUGGCUGCACUCGAUGUCCUCAAUAGCCUCACGAAUUCCAUAGUUGAGAUCUUGAAUCGACCCUGGGCUGUUGGCGUAGAACUUCUGAUCACCUCUUCGAGAGAUUACACGGUCCGGAAACUUUUCCCGUAAAGAUCGCUGCUUGUGUGGCACGUAGCGCCGUUUUGUUGAAAAUAAUCGUUGUCCCGAUCAAUACCAUCCAAUUCCGACCAUAAAAAAUCAUUAAUCAUCUCUCGAUAGGCUUUUACAUAUUUAAAUAACACCUGUUAUUGGAAAACCCUUUAUUUAACCUCAGAAGACAGUUACAGUGUUACCCCUUUCAAUGUGGGUAGUAACAGGUUUCCAUAUUGCGUUUCAAGUGAGAUUAAUAAGCACACAUCGUCUGUGUAGGUUUGGAUGUGUCCAAUUUCCUGCAGAUCAUUAAAAAGAGAGUCCACAACAGAGCUCAUUAAGAAGAGAGUCCACAACAAAGCACCAAAGUAGGCGAGAGAGUACACCGCCUUGUGGACAACCUUCUUAACCUCAACCUUGACUCCUUCAUCGCCUUCUCUAUCCAUGGUAAGCUGUCUUUUCGAUAGUACAUAUAGAGUGAAUCUAUCUGAAAAUAAUUUUUUCUGCUCCAUAAGUUCUGAUAGAAGAGCACACAAAGUCAAAGGUAGCAUUGUAAAAAGCUCCUUCAAUGUCCACAAACACACCAAGAGUGUGCUCUCUUGUUUCUAGCAGAGCCGAUUCGCCAUGGUUAGCGUUGAUUUUGUGUGUGUGUGGUUGAAUGUGUUAUAAGCUUCAGGGUUGUUAUUGUAUAACUUCCAUGCUUGUCGCGCUGUGCAUCAAUGUUCAAUUUUAUCUUUAUGCUUAAGAAAGGUAGGACAUGCAGAGCCAAACGACUUAUGAGUUUUUUUGGUACAAUUAACACACCAGCUGCCAGUGCAUGAACUAUGCAGGGGAGACUGAGCACAGUAGAACCUGUAAUACUUCUGAGUUGCGACACAAUUUUUCGGUAUGCCCUAGUUUCUGGCAGUUAGUACAUCUCGGGGUGUAUGAAUUCAUUUUAUUUUUUUAUUGCGUUAGAAUUUCUUUUGUCUGAAAAUAAAUUACUUUUUGUUUAUGACGCUUGUCUAAAAUAUUUACUACCUUCAGAACAAGGCGAAUCUAUACAAGGAGGUAGCACUAAACCAACAACAAUGUUCUGGACAACAGAAUGUCACGACAUCCUAAUGCGCAAGGCGAAAGAAAAAAAAACUCAAAAAUCAGCUAAUCUACGUAUCAUUUUGUAUAGAUAUGCCCUGACACGUUUUUUUUUUUUUUUGUUUUUUGUUGGGACAGUCUAGCAAGUACAGCAGUCAGACACAAUUAAAUCCAUUGUACUGCACUCGGAUUCCCUUUUUAAUUUUCUUUAAAUCUACUCGACCUGCGACGAAAUCUAAGUAGAUUUUGUGGUGCCAGGGAGCCAAGGUGGUCGCUUUUUAACACAUCAGUGCCACAUACCUCAAGCGUGAUUCCAGCAAAGGCGGGGCAGACGCACAGAAAGUGGUCCGCCGUCUCAUCCUCUUCUCCACAUGCUGGGCAGAGUGCACUGUCUGAGAUGCCCACCUUUUCCAUGUGAAUUGCUCAUAGAAGGUGCCCGUCAUCAGUCCAACCAGCCUCCUACAGUCCCUUCUGCUUAGUGACAGUCGGUCGGACAUGACAGGUAAGAUCAGUUUUGUCCAUCUGCAGCCUCUCUCAGCCUGUCCAGCUCGCUUGUGGGUUAGAGUAACCUGUUUGCCAACCGUGGCUUUGAUGGCUGCAGAAGGGAGUGGCAGAACGGGCUCCGGGCCAAGAAAGUUGGGCUUGCCUCGUAAUAUACCUUUUCACUUAAAAGUUGUCGGAAAAGAAAUUGUUUUUAAGAUGUUUAAAAGUUUUUUUUUUAACAAGUUAAUUU